CAGCGGCGAGUUCGGCGAGUUCGGUGGCGCACGGGGGAUUUCACGUAUUCAACGCGCUCCGCUCCGGCCCGCUUGUCGGCUCGUCUCAAUCUCAGUCUAGUCAGGUCGGUCGAGUGAUGGUGAUGCGUGCCCGUUCCAGUCCGCCAUUGCUGACAGGGUUCCGCUUGUCUGUUGUGUGAAUGUGCGCCCGCCGCUCCGUGCCUACGCUGCUCACGAGGGGAUGGUUGUUUUUUUUCCUUCUCUCGUCCCGUUCUACCUGUAAACGCCGUAAUGUAAUGUGCGUCGGUUGUUUGUGAAUUUCGGUAGUUUCAGUUUUGCCGGGGCCCCCCGACGUCACAUUUUAUCCGGUCCCGUUUUCGCCGUACGCCUGUGAAUGAUGUAGUUUUGGUUUUGUGCUUGUUCGGCCGAUGUGUUUAUUUUUGUUUGGGUGCUUUGAUUUGCCCGCAACUCGUACAUGGAGCUUACAUUUUAUUCGGUUGAUGGAAAGGGUGAAAGACAUGUAAAGAAACCCGACUUGGUCGAGAACAACGAAGAAACACCAUGGGCUGGCAACCGGGCUGCGUUCUUCUGAGGGGCAUCGUUUUGCUGACGUUCAGCUUCCACUACUUCGUGCUGGGCUCGUUGCCGAGCAGCGCCAAGUUCUACACGAUCCAUUGGAACUCGUCGAACCCCAUCUUCCGCAUCGACAACACGGACAACAUCAUCGACGUGAACCGCAACAACAUGAAGUUCGAGUACGACCAGGUGAACCUGAUCUGUCCCGUCUACACGCCGGGCACGAGGGACGAGGAGAUGGAGAAGUACAUCAUCUACAAUGUGUCCAAGGACGAGUACGAAACAUGUAGGAUAACGAAUCCGAAUCCUAGGAUAAUUGCGGUGUGCGACAAGCCAUAUAAACUCAUGUACUUUACGAUUACGUUUAGGCCGUUCACGCCGCAGCCGGGCGGGCUGGAGUUCCUGCCCGGCCACGACUAUUAUUUCAUCAGCACAUCCACCAGCGAUGAUCUACAUCGAAGAAUAGGAGGGCGGUGUACAACCAGCAACAUGAAGAUCGUGUUCAAAGUGUGGGGCCCGCCGCCGAUGCCGGCCACAUCGCAGCCGCCCCAGGCCACGAAGUCCUGGUGGCCGGUGACGUCGCAGCAGCGGACGACCACCACCAGCACAUCGACGACCACGAGCACGGAAGCGCCGCCCCCGACCACCACCAAGAAAUCGAAAACGUACAACAAACACCCGAACGAGGUGGUGAAGAGUGAGGAACUCACCCUGGGCGGCGGUGCCGCGGCGCCCAGCUCCGCAUCGCUCCACUGUUCGAUGGUUCUGUGCGCGGUGCUCGCGUUGGUGUUUACGAUGCGAUGAAAUCGCUGAGGCGCUCCGUUCAAAGUAUCAAUCGUACCGGUACGUCCGCGUCUCACCCAGCCCCCGAAAAUGAUAAACCCCCAAACACUAAUUAAAACCCGCCCCCCGACCCGUGUCAAAACCGGACUAUUUCUAUGCGUGUCUCCCCCUACCCCCCCAACACACACAAUUUGUAUGUUUAUAUUAUAAACUGUCUAACGACCUAAAAGUAUCCUAAUUUUAUAUAUACAUGAUGGUAACUAUUAUUGUUAAGGUAAAUUAUUUUUUAUUUUGGGCAUUGGAAUAUUAAUUAGAAAAUAUACGGCUGCAGUUGGUUUUGGUCCAGCCACAGGGCAAGACAGAAGGGGAACUGGUCGACGAGGCAAAAUUCUUAACAAUUAACAGGCCUAAUGUUACCUACAUGUUACCAAAUAUGUAGAUUUUCUAUAUAGUUUAUAAAAUUGGAGCCGCGUGAAGGCCUAAUCUGCAAACAAUUUGUUUACAUCCCAUGAAAUUAAACUUGAAAACAAAUAAAUUAGUUUAAAAACGAUUAAUUUGAUCAUCAGAAUUGUUAUGCCGCAUACGUCGGAUUAGAUUGAUUGUUGCGUUUCAAUUUACUUUGAUUAACGAUGCAAAUGCGUUUGAUUGAACGCACUUAACCAGUACCCUCGUUUGCAUGUGGCUGGCUACUUAAAAAUAGGAAAAUUUAUGUCGCCGAUGUGACACACAUUGAACGGACCGUUUGUUGCGUUCGCAAAAACUCGAGCCGUUGCACAACGAUUUAAAAUUGUUGCAUUUUAUGUCGUCGGUGCCGUUGCGGUGGUUCGUUCCCCCGUCCGCGACAUGAUGGUCGUCAGCAAACUUUUGUGAUAUAUAGCAUGUACUAAAUAAGCUGGCGGUGGUGAAAAACGUCCAAAGAGAAGGUCGAGAUGGUCGCCGCAAUUGUGAAUAUACAAUUUUAGAAUUGUUCAAGAAUAUUAAUAGUACAAAUUGUGUACCUUGUGGUGAAAAGGGUAUUAUAUAGAGUAGAAGAGAAACAAGUCCCUUAUUGAAUACCUAUUUAUCAAUAUUGCAAGUGAUACGAAUUAUUGGCGAGUCCCUGUGACUUUGUUAUUUUCAAUGUGCGUCGAGCAUAUCUAAAUAAAUUCACUAACAACUGAAUAGAAAAUGAUUUUAAUGAAAUAUAUUAGUAGACAAUAACAGAUUGAUUUUGCUAUUAUCUUACCUUGCAAUUGGAGGCGACCCUAUCAACUUUCUCGUUGUGGCACAUUUAGUUUUCUCACAUAAAAAAUAUUUCUAACUUUUAAACCUAAAAAACGCUUAUUAAUUUUAUUUUGAAAUAAUAUUCCAAUGUCUGAAGUUAGACAAUAUAUUAUUUUAAUGCUGAUUUUUUAACGAAUUGGUGGUGUACAGUUUUUUAUAUGUUGGUGUAGAUGAUAAUAAUAUUUUAUGCGUAAUGCAUAGUGACCAAUUCAAACGGACUACUAAAAUAUGGAAAAAAAAUCGUGUAAAUGUUAUAUUUUUUGGUCAGUUGAUUAUUUCGUAGAUUAUACAGUGUUGAACAUUAAAAAACAUCGUAUUUGUAAAACUGUGAAGACUGAUAUUAGUUUUUAUUGUGUUAUAUAUAAAAGUAUUGAUAUCCUUAUAGGAUGCUUCUGGCGUUUUUAGUGUGAACAAGUGUCUGAUGGACGAUUAUUUUAAGGAAGUACUUACUGCUUUAUUUAUGUCAAUGGUUGUGACUUUUAUGUAACUUGUUGUACUCUAUUUGGAAAAAUUCAUAGAUUUAUGUUAAUAAUUUUGUACUUACGAGCCUAAUUUCCAUACAGAAACCUAAAAUGAAAUGUGAAAUGAUUUAUGAAUAUUUUUUAUACAGAAUUUAAGUCUUAUUGUAAUUAUAUUAAUAAAAUUUGUACCUAUGUUUGUUGUUUUAGGUAGAUUUGUUCAUUUUUACAAUCAAAUUUUACCAUUUGUUACGUGAUCCUGACGUGAAAAUAAUAUUUCAUUUCACAUUACUCUAUUCUUAAACAGACAGAAUCAAUAUUUUUCCCAAUAGAGUAAGACUAUUGAAUGAAAUGGUUUUCGUUUAAAUAAGUGGAAAACUGUUCAUUCUGAUGCAAUAGAUUACUGAAUAAUUAUUGUGAGUCUCCAUAUUUAUCUUCUUUAUUUUAUUUAUUAUUCAUUUUACUUUACUAUUUAUUUGUCAACUAUGAUUUGUCUACACUAAUUUCUGAGGUAAUACAAAAAUUAUUCAACCAUGCCAAUUGAAUAAUAUUUCUAUUAUUUCUCGCAAUAUUUCUGAAUCUGUGUAUUAAUUGAAAUUAUUUGGUAUUCUUACAGUAUUAAUUUAUAAAACAGCAUUAUUUUUUGUAUGAUAUCUAGGUUAACAUAAUUAUAUUUAAAAUAAAUUUUGUACAUAAUUCAUAUGCAACUAAUACAAUUUUCAAAAGGUUCGAAAUGUAUUUAAAUUAAAAAAGCUUUAAAAACACUAAUUAGAUCUGAUGAAAAAUUAAUUUUUGUAAAAUACUAGGUUGAUGUACACAACAUUAAAAAUGUACGUUUUAAAUAUUAUUCGAACCUCUAUUAAUGUGAAGACUUCAAUGAAUAUUGUACUUGUGAAUUAUAUUGUCGAAGGCAAUUCAUAAAUUAAUUUUCCAUGUCAUAAGUCGACGGUGUUAAGGCUAAACACAUAUUGAGUUAGAGAAGAAUAAUUUAUGAUUUGCUCUCCAUAUUAUAGUUUGUGUAUGAUGCGUCGUACAUUAUUCAUUAAGACGGAUCUUGUCCAUAAACAUAACAUUCUCUAAUUUUUGUAUAGUUACAAAUUGCAUUUUAGCUUGUAGUGCCAAUAAAUAAAAUUAUAAGUCCACAUUUAUUUGUGAAUUAUUUACUCCAACAAACGUCUACUUCUUAGAUUAUUUAGAUAACUUAAAUAGAAUACAGUUUUAUCAAGCCAAUCUGUAAGAAAUUCACAAAUAAGUAACAAAACAAAUCUCAGAAACAAUCAUUCAUAUCACAUACUUUUAAAAGAGGCAAUAAUUACAGUAUUGGCUAAAAUUUACAUAUAAACCAUGACAGCCCAGACAAAGCUUACCAUUGACUUUAUUGGAAGUAUUGAUAUGAAUCCCUCACUGUUCUGUACAUAUUCUAGACAAAAGACACAAAACUCUCGUCCAGUAAUAGUAUUAAUUUAAAUUUAAGCAAUACAAUUAAUUUUGCCAUAAACUUAUCUUGCCAAUAAGUGGAUCAAUUCUUUAUGUGAUGUGCAUUAUGGUAGACUAAAAAGAAGCCCGCCAAAUCCAUGACUGAUUUUCCUCUAUUGAUAUAUAAAAAGUCCAGUCUUAUGAAUGCAAAAAAUGCAGUUUUGGAUUUAGCGCGUCUCUUUUUGCCGGAGAACAAAUUUAAGCUCUCUUGUAUAUUAAAGAACAAGUGCUAAAAACGCCAGAACCUUGGAUGAUUUGUGUCUAGAAUUGUAGUUUUACGAUAUUGUAAUCUGAUGUACUUUUAAUUGCAAACCAUAGUGAUAAAAACAUUAAUCCAAUGAAGUUUUCUGCUGUCAAACAUUGGUCUAAUUCAUUUUGCAAUUCCAUAUCAUUAUUUUUACAUUUUUAAGGCAACUGUCACUCGGACCGGGUUGCAUACGUUGGAUGUUUAAAAAAUUGUACAUAAAGUAAAUUAGAAUUAGUGAUUGUCGCUCUCCUCCGAAAAAUUGUAAACGUUAAACCUCAACCAAGGGGAGAGUAUAUAACGUAUGUCACUGCGUGUCCGAAACUGAUCCGCCUUCACGAAUCUCGAAUUAAGUAAACUAUUUAUUGGGUUAACGCCUCGUGAUUUAUUUUUUGUAUAUGGCAAGAAUUAUUUUAAUAUCUAAUUUAUAUGAUUUACCUAAGUAAAAAAUAUUUAUAUCUUUUAACAUCAAAAUUAUCUGUUAUAUUUUAUUAGAUGAUGAUCACAUUGUAUGUAUUACGAUUGUAAAAUGCACUCUAUAUAUACAUAAUUAUAUAAAUAUACAUACAUGCCAUUUUAA